AUGUUACGCACGUAUGUGGGAGAAUGGUGUAAAAAAUCUAUCUAUGAAGACUGUGAAGACGGUAAUUUGGAUCCAUAUGAUGGUUGUUUUGAAUGUAAAUAUUCUUAUAAUCCUCUAUGCCCAUAAUGUAUCGCUGGAGUUUGUACAGAUGAUGGUACGGCAUGCUAGAAAGGCUAUUAUUUUGAUUCAUAAACUGUAUCUUGUUUUAGUGCUUGUGGUGAUGAAAUAGUAGCAAUUCCAGAUGAAGAAUGUGACGUGCUAAACUCUAGAAAAUGA